GCUGAAUUCAAAUUGUGCUGGACUUGAACGGCUAGAAGAAAAGGAAACUAGGGGAACAUCUCAAGAAGGGUGGUGAAAUGUCUGGCACAGGGGACAGUGAGGUCCAGCAACUGCGGUGCAGGUUGAAGGAAGUGGAGGAGUCGCUACAGAAGGCGGCCCAGUAUGGCCUUCAGCUGCUGGAUGGCCAGCUGGACCUACAGAACCAGCUGGAGGAGCAGCGCAUUGAGAUGACAAAUGCCAUGGAGGUCCUGGAGCAGGAGAAGUACUCUCUGCAGAGGGAAGUGGAGCUGAAGGGCCGCAUGCUGGACAGCCUCCGCUCGGAGUUUGAUGCUGUCAGAGGCCAGCAGAAGCUCCUCUGGGAGCAGCAGGAGACCCAGCUGGAGAGAAAACACGCUUUGGAGCUCUCCGAGUUCAAAAACAAGGUGGAGAGGAUGAAAACAGAGCUAGAUGAAGCACAGCUUAAUGAGAAACAACUGAGACACAAGCUGGAGCUGCAGAGCGAAGCCCUCAAUGACAAGACGGAGGAGCUGCGUCUGCUAACGGAACGUGCUCACGAGACCAUGUCCUCAGAGAUGCUGGAGCUGCAGGUUGAGAAGGCAGAGCUGGAAUCCGCCAAGACAGCUUUGCAGCAGGAGCUCCAGGAGGCCCUCUACAAAGAACAGCAGCUGCAGCUGGCUAACACCAACCUCCAGCGCCAACUGGAGCACCUGAGGGAAGAGAAGGAGGAACGUGAAAAAGAGGCAGUGUCCUGCUUCAAUGCCUUAGAGAAAGCCCGGGAAGCCAACCAGCUUCUCCAAGUCCAGCUGGAUCAAAUUAUGCAGCAGGCACAGGAUCCAAACAGUAAAGGCAACUCCUUGUUCUCUGAGGUAGAGGACAGGCGAGCGGAGAUGGAGAGGCAGCUGAUCAGUAUGAAGGUGCAGCAUCAGUCUCUUCAGAAACAGCAUGCCUUCUCCAAGCAGCAGCUGCACCGCAUGAAGGUGCAGAUCGCCACUCUGAUGCAGCUGCAGGGCUCCAGGGCAGACCCACGGCAGCUGGAGCGCCUUCAGUCCAUGCUGGUACAGAAGAACAGCGAGAUCGAGGCGCUCAUGAUGAAGGUGCGACGCCUGGAGAAGGUUGAGAUGACAGUGAAAGCACAGCCAUCCUGUGCACCGUCGGGGGAAACUGAAAGCAACGAUGGGACCUACUACACUGACCUUCUUAAAAUGCAGCUUUCAAACUCUGUGAAGGAUGCAGAGCGGCUGGGGGAUGAGCUGUCCCUUCAGAGGAUAAAGGCCCUGUCGGAGAGUCAGAGAGUGCUGGAGCUGGAGAGGAAGCUCUUCAGCGCAGAGCGAGCCCUCAAGCUGAGUCAGAGUGACAACAUCAAGCUGCAGGUCAAACUGGAUGAGCUUCGUUUGAAAUACGAGCCCAAUGAGGUAAAUAAAGGUCGCGUGCAGAAGCGCAGGCGUGAGAAGCUUCUAGUGGAUGUCCCUCCUGAAGGCCCGGAGCCAAAGGAGGAAGACACCAGAGCCGUGGAAGUGGACCCUGCCGUAAGUGUCAAAGAGGAGCCUGAAGAGGACCCCCGCCUCUGCACGGUGGCAAGGCUGCCCGUGGCGCCCUUGCAGCCCGCCCAGGUUCCAGAGCCCAACCCCCAAAUGCCCCGAGACAGCAAGUGCGUCCGCAUUUGUGAGGAGCCCCCCAUCACCAUCCCAAAUCCCCCCAGGUCUCCCCCAGUUGACUGCAAAAUCAAGACAGAGGAGGGAGAGGUGGAGAUAACUGUGGGAGACGAGAACAGGAGAGCCACGCGGAAAAAGCACCCAAUAUCCCAUGAGGUCAUCCAUGUGGCCUCUGAGCGCACCAUGGAGAACCAGUGCGCUCAGCAAUAGUGCCAUGUGUUCAACAGCUCCUCAAUGCACAUCUCUACCAGGGAACCACCAGCGUUGCACAGCCUUGGGGUCGAGCUGUUUUGUGCAGUCUGUUUUAUUGUUCUAAAUAAAAUUACUUCCCAUAUUAUUGUAUGUUUAUUGUACAUUGUCUGAAACUGAUGAAUGUGUAAUUGAUUAAAUAUAUCAACUUAUUUGU